UACCUCGAUCCCGUCCCUCUCCCAAUUUUGGAGCAGCCGCAACAGCCCACACCGGUCAGAAACCGAAGGAAAGCCAACCAACCAACCCACCACCUCUCCCCCCUUCCGGUUUCCGCUCUUCCUCGGCCGGCGCGAGGCAGGGGGACGGCAGCCAUGAACGGCAUCAACCCCAACGGCGGCAUCCUGUCCUACGGGACGCUGGAGGGCUACGCGAUGUGGGUGGCCACGGGCGUGGCGUCGGCCUUCUUCGCGUCCCUGGAGCGGUGCUCCUGCAUCCACCUUCACACCGCCGAGGACGACGGCGACGAGGAGGACCUCGAGGAGGCCAGGGACCGCCCGCUCAUGCUCUCCCGCCCCCAGGCGCUCCCCGAGUACUACUACGACCGGUCCGGGUCCUCCGCCUCCUUCGCCAAGAUGUGACCACGCACGGAUCGCGAGGCCGUCGUCCCCGCGUGAUCCGAUCCGUUUCUUGAUUUCGCUCUUGCUUUUGUUCCGUUGUGAAUUGUUGCUGUAUGUGGCCCGGGUGUCUGGGAUCCGCGGUCGUGUUCUCCUCGCCGGGGAAUGCGGUCCCUGCGUGAUUCGAACCGUUGAUGGAUCUGUAAUUCCGUGUCUGUGUUGCCUGAUUCUUUGAUCGUUUAUUUCUUCUUCUUUUUUUUGUUUGGGUUUCAAGAUGGCAUUGUGUUCUGCAGAGACCUCGAGCACUCUGCAAAUUUCAGAUGCCUGAUAUUUAAAUAUUCAUUCACUGUUCGAUUUGAA